CACACAUUCGCGACCUCGAGUCCUUUCCGCGCACAACGUGAAGCAAAUAAAGGUAUGCUUAAAGUGAACUGAAAUAGUUGAAAUAUACAAAAAAACACAACCAGCGACAGUGCGUUUGGCUCAAAUAUUUCAUUGACGGCUAGCAAAAGUAAAAGUUUAAGUAAGCAUAAAACAAAAUAUAAUAGCAGCAACUACGAAUGGCGCAUUAUGCUGCUACAGUCGACAAGGACGGCGGCAGCAGGGGCAGUAGUAGCAACAUUAGCAGCAGCAACAGCAGAAACGGCAGCAACAUCAGCACUUAAAUGCAGCAACAAGAAAAAUCAGCUGAAAACUGGCAAAUAAAACUCAACGACAGGCAAAAACUAUUAAAUCUCGCUGGAUGCCUGCGGCAAUAGUUAUUGUUAAACAACACAAGCAGCAGCAACAGAAGGAGCAGCAGGAGCAGCAGGAGCAGCAGGACCAGGAUCAACGGCAACAGGAGGGGAAACAAAUUUGCAAUAUAAAUUUAUGCGGAUUUUUGCGUCGCAGCGGCGCCGCCGACGUCGACGUCAUCGAAUCGCGUAGCCCAGGCCAUGCUGCUGAUGUCGACGUCCCAGCAGCAAUAUCCACGGCAGCAGCAGCAGCAACAGCAGCAGCAACAGCAACAGCAGCAGCAGCAACAACAGCAGCAAAACCAGCAACAGCAACACCAGCAACAACAAAAGCAGCAACAACAAGGGCAGCACCGACGACGCAAGCAGUUAUUAUAAUAAUGGCGUUAGUUGUUAGCAUAAUACAGCAACAGCAACCAUUGCAACAGCAACAACAACACUCGCUACUCUGGCCAUUCUAUAACGGACUUGGUGCUGUGGCUGCCUUCGCUGGGCAACCGGAUGACUCCAGUGAUGGUCCAACCCUGUCGACAUUCCUGUCAUCAUCACCGUCGCCAUCAGCGGCAUCAUCCCCAUCCCCAUCCUGGUCCUCGUCCUCGUCGUUUGCGGCGGCGAAUGGGCCACAAACGGAAGCCACGAAUCACACUUUCAAGAGUUUAGCCUUCCUGGACGCGUCCUUUGGCUCCGAUCUGUUUGCCCAGGACGCGCGGGAGAGGGAUCGGGAGGGGGAGGGGGUGGCGGACUCGGACGCGGACUCCUCGCAGUCGCUGCCAAUUUUCGACUUUGGCAUGCCGCGCAACAUCACCGGACGCACUGGCCACACGGAGGCCAUAAUUAAAUGCCGCGUGGACAGUCUGCAUGAUAAAUCGGUAUCCUGGAUACGGAAACGUGAUCUGCAUAUCCUGACCGUAGGCACCGCCACCUACACCUCCGACAAGCGAUUCCAGGUGACCGAAUCGAAGGAUGCCAGGGAGUGGACUCUCCAUGUGAAAUCCCCGCUGGCCAAGGACAGUGGCAUCUACGAGUGCCAGGUGAACACGGAGCCCAAAAUGUCGAUGGCAUUCCAGCUGAACAUCAUCGAAAUUUCGCCGGAUGCCAAGGCGGUUAUCAGUGGUCCGCCCGAUUUGCACUUCAAGGCGGGCAGUGCCAUAAUCCUCAACUGUCUGGUGCAGCAGCCGUCGGUGAAGGACAUCGGUCCGAUUUACUGGUAUCGCGGCGAGCACAUGAUCACACCCUUCGACGCGGACGAUGGCCAGCCAGAAGUGCCGGUUAGCAGGCAGAAGUCCAAUGGCAGGAUCCCCGAGGACGCAUCCCUGAAUGACGUAAUGAGCGAGGUGGACCUGCAGAAGGAGUUCGCCACCCGCAUCGCCAUGGAAUCGCAGCUGGGCGAUACCCUCAAGUCCAGGCUCCGCAUCUCGAAUGCCCAGACCACGGACACCGGCAACUACACGUGUCAGCCAACGACGGCCAGCAGCGCCAGUGUCCUGGUCCAUGUGAUUAAUGAUGAGAAUCCCGCUGCGAUGCAGAAGAGCGGGGCGUGUCCUCGUGCCCCCGGUCCGCUCCAGCUGUUCUGGCUGCUGGAGUUGUUGUUGCGAGCGGUAUUGGCUGCUGGCAACUGAAACCGAAAGUAGUCACCAUCAUCAUCAUCGGCGACGUCGUCGUUGUUAGCACUCUAAUUGCAGCAGAACGAGAAAAUUAUGUUCCAUGACGUUGGCAUUUUUUCAGUGCGCUGUUUUGUUAGAACUCUGGAAUGGAAAACGGGGCAAGGGAAAGGGGGAAAAUGGGAAAGGCAAACAACACAGUCGCUUUCGCUUUCAGGCGAAUGUUUGUUUUCCUUUUAAUAUUUACAUUUCAUUGUGCAAAAUGAGACACUGAGCCGGGCACGGCAAUGCAAAAUGCAGAAUGUGAAAUGCAAAGGCCGGAGGAAGGACGAAGGACGAAAAGCGAAGGAGCAGACGGAUGACACUCUCUGUAAAUACCACAAAGAUGCGGCGCAGCUUACAGAUAUACCUACAAACACAAAAGUGUGUAUUUUAUUUCAUUACUGCGGUCCACACAAAGGACACGCACACACAUCGACUUUAUCAACAUUUCAUGCUGUCUUAACAGAGAGCCAAGCUAACCAAAAAGAAAGGAAAAUAUAAUAAGAAAAGGGAGCCCCCACACACUCACCCACAUAAGUACGCACACCGCAGUCACAGUCACCCACGACCCGUACUACUACCCGAAAAUUGUAAUAUAUUUGAACGAAAAACUCUCAUCUGAUAAACUAAAAGCAAAAAACUUAAUUAUAAACACUAACUUGUAUGGAAUUUAUUUAUGGGCAAAAUGAAAUUUAGUCACGCGGCACUCGACGUCGUAAUGGGAAUGGAAAUUGAAUGAAAUAAAUGUGAAAGCAAUAUGUGAAAGCGAAUGGCAAAUUGCGAAACUAAAUCAAUUGCGGCAUGCCCGACUAAGUUUUGUGUUGCACAUGCGAGUAAUACUAUGGGUAGGCAUGAAUUUACUACACGUAAGCCAGUAAGAAGAUUUUAGAUAAUUUAUGUGAUGACAAACCCAAUGAAUAAAUCAAUGAAAUGAACUCUUUCAACAAUAAA